UUAUGGCGUGUCACCGCCAAAACCCCUUCCACUGCGCUUAAGAAGAUAAACCAUGAUGUUGAGAUCUGCCAUCUUCUUCCUUCCAUCUCCCUCCUCCUCCCCCUGCUUCCCUUCUCUCCCACCCAAAUCCCUCAUCAUCUCCCCUCGUGUCCUCCUCUCACUCCGCUCCUUCUGCCAUCAACGGAGGUGGCAGGCCCGCAAGAAACCCCCCUUCUCCCUCUGCCGCAGCACCCAAACCGAUGCCGCCUUUCCCUUCCCUUCUUUCCAGCAUCGGCAGCCACCGGAAGCUGAGGACGAUAAGUGGGACUCCUCCAAGUACGAAGCCCUCCUCCGAGGCGGCGAGCAGGUCACCUCUGUUCUCCAGGACAUGGUCAAUCUGCUGGCUGACAUGGACAUGGACGAGGCUUCGGAGAGGGUGGCGGUGGAGAUCGCGGCCCAGGGUGUGAUCGGUAAGAGGGUCGACGAGAUGGAGUCCGGCUUCAUGAUGGCGAUCGAUUACAUGAUCCAGAUGGCGGAGAAGGAUAAUGAUGACCAGCGCAAGUCACUCUUAGAGGUGGUAAAGCAAACAGUGUUGGACCAUCUAGCCAAGAAGUGUCCGCCACAUGUGCAAGUAAUUGGCCUUCUUUGCCGAACUCCAGAUAAAGAGAGCAGGCAUGAAUUGCUACGACGGGUUGCUGCAGGUGGAGGUGUAUUUAAAAGUGAGAAGGGCCUUAAAGUUCAUCUCCCAGGGGCAAAUCUUAAUGAUAUUGCUAACCAGGCUGAUGAUCUACUAGAGACAAUGGAAUCCAGACCUAGUAUUCCUGAUCGGAAGUUGCUUGCGAGGCUUGUUUUAAUUAGAGAAGAAGCUCGCAAUAUGAUGGGUGGUGGGUUAUUGGAUGAAAGAAAUGAUCGUGGUCUGAAUACUCUACCCGAAGCAGAGGUGAACUUCUUGAGCACGCUGGUUUCCUUGAGACCAGGAAGCACUGUCCAGAAAAUGAUAAGUGAUGUGAUGCAUGGGAAAAAUGAAGGUGCAGACAAUGUUGGUAGUGGGGAUGAAGAUCCUAACAGCGAACAGAAUACUCUUGGUGGUUUUGCAGGAAGGGGAAGUGUCACAGGUCGCAGGCCACGCCCUGUUCGCCCUGGCAUGUUUCUUGAAACCGUUUCUAAGGUCCUGGGUGGAAUCUAUUCAGGGAACGUAUCUGGAAUUACAGCUCAACAUUUAGAAUGGGUUCACCAGAAGACUCUUCAAAUUUUGCAAGAAAUGGCAUUCUAGUUUGCUGUGUCAGUUGAGGCCAAAGAAAAAUGAAAGCAACUACAAAUAUCCAAUUGA